UGCAAUAUCACGACAUUUAGAAGUAAUUAUGCAUCAGUGAAUGCGUACAUUUCUCCAGAUUUGGGGGUUAACGAGACCCAUAGGGUUAUUAAAUAGCAUGCUGCCAGGUUUAUAUUUAAUUUUAAACGGACUUUUAAUGCUUUCAGGUCGGAAGUGGGGAUUUCCACCUGUGACUUUAAUUGUACGCUGCAGUAGUUCACAUUUCUAUGGAGAUAUUCAUUUUUGUUUGUGGGAAUCGACCAAUAACUUAAGCCACAUUUUUAAGAUGCAGGUUAUAGAGCAUCCUGUUGAGAGACUUCACACUGCUCUCCUGUCCACACAUAAAGAUCUCAUAGCCUCAUUCCAGCAGUUCAGCAGAGCAGAGAAGACACUUUUAGAGGAAGGACUCAAACCUGGCAAUUCACUUUUCAGACCCAUCACCAUUCACUCGGACUCUGACUGGAUUCCCGCACAUCCAGAAGAUCCUCAAGACUUUCAGAGUUUUUACAGCCAGCCAUACCGCAGGUCUCCAAACAGUGGACAUAGGACCAUCUACAUUCAAACUAUUGGCUCUUUUGGGGAAGGAGGUGUCUUGGCAGAACAGUUUGUUGAAUGGCUGAAGGAUUACUGCCAGGCGUUUUAUUACGGACUUGAGGUGAAGCUUUUACCACCCGUAACAGUUGCUUCAACAGCUUGUACGUUUCGCAUCAACAGUAACACACACAACCUUCAGCUUCAUGCUGGAGAUCUCUUGAACUUCUUAAAAAAGAGGAAACCUAAAGAUGCAUUUUGCAUUGUGGGGAUCACCAUGAUUGAUUUGUACCCAAAAGAGUCAUGGAAUUUUGUUUUUGGACAAGCUUCCCUUACUGAAGGAAUGGGGGUGUUCAGCUUUGCCCGAUACGAUGAUCACUUUUACAAAAAAAACUAUGCAGGGCGCUUAAAUAAGACAACAAAGCCUAAGCAAGGAGAUUACUCUGUGUUCCAGAAUUACUACACUCCUCCGAUCACAAGCACCCUCCUUCUGCGUUCAUGCAAGACCGUGACUCAUGAGAUUGGACAUAUAUUUGGUAUGAAGCACUGCCAGUGGCUGCAAUGUGUCAUGCAGGGCUCCAAUCACUUAGAAGAGUCUGACCGUAGACCACUUGAUCUCUGCCCCAUAUGUUUGAGAAAACUGCAGUCUUCUAUCGGAUUCAAAAUAGCUGAUAGAUACAAGGCUUUAUUGCACUGGAUUGAAGAUGGAAAUGACGGCACUGGACAACACUCAUCCAAACCCACACAAGCCUUCCAGGAGAGUAGACACUGGAUUUACGAGUGCAUGAAAAUAUUGGAAAGUGAAACAUUGUGAGGCCAUCAACCGCAAUGAUAUCUAGAUAUGCUAUGUGCACUUUCUUGUACAGUAAGUAGCUUUGGUCAGGGUUAUCGCUAAAUUUAUUGGGCCCAGGAAAACAUUGGGUGAGUCCUUUCUUGUCUGGGUUAAAUGAGAAGUUGGGCCAUCCCUCAUCAGGGGCUCAGGACAGUGGCCCUGGCUUUGGUAGAAAUGCUUUGGACAAUAGUUUUGGAGAGAACUGUACCCCAGUGUUCAAGUCAUUGAGGGGUUUGGGUGGUGAGUAUUUGGCUCAAAGCCUGCAAGUCAUACCAAGUUGUUUAGUUAUGUGUAGGUCUGGGCUUACAUUGUGCAUAUACUGUAAGGGGGCAUUGUCAUGUUGGAAUAGAAAAGAGCUCUGCCCAAACUGUUGCUAUAAAUUUAGAAGCACACAAUUCUUUAGAAAAUAAUUAUAUGCUGUAUUAAGAUUUAUGCUCAUAGAAAUUACUAAAGUAGUCAAACCUGUUUAUUACAAAACUUUUGUCCAUAUCUGAAGCAAAUUAAUCAAAGCUGUAUCUGUC